UUUUGAGGUUAGAAUUUAGGAAUUCAGGACAUGCACUAUGCAGUGAGCUUCGUCUGUAGUCAUUUGUAAUUUUGUAGUAAUCUCUUAGCGAAUACUUCAAUAUCAGUAACACCUGUAGUUUGUACUGUUUUAUCAUAAUUUGACAAACCUUAUUAUCUUGAUGCAAAUUUAAAUUUUGAGUAUCAUUAUUGAUGAAUAAAAAUGGCAAAAAAACAAAAAAAAUCUAGUGAUAAAAAGAAGAAGAUAUCUCUUGUAUUUGAUGAAGGCAAAAGACGAGAUUACUUAUGUGGUUUUCGCAAAAGAAAACUGGAACGUAAGAAGAAAGCAAAAGAAGAACUACAGCAACUGUUAAAAGUAGAAAAAAAGAGAAUCAAGCAAGAGAAUAAAGAAUCAUAUAAAAAACUCAUAGUAUCAUCUCGUCCAAUCCCAGACAUAGAACAGAUUUUGCAGGAAGAGUAUGAGGAUGAUGAUGUGAAUGUUAAAAUUGUAGAACUGUCUAAUGAAACAUUGCAAAAAAGGGACAUUGUGAUUGGAGAGAAUAAACCUAAGGAAAGUUCAUUACCAAAUAAAAUCAAAAUUAAAAAAGGUACUGGUUUAUUGCAAGAGGUUCCAGGAAUGGGAAUAGAGGACCAAAAUGAAGAUGUUUCAGACACUGAGUUAAACAAAGAAGACAAUUUGAAAACAAAAAAGGAGGUUAAAAAAAUAUUAAAGAACCAAGCAACAAAAAAACUACAAAAGAGUAAAGUUUUUAAAAUGAAAAGUAAACUAGAUAGGGUGCAAAAUAGAAAAUCUCAUAAAAAGAAAACUAAGACAGACCAAAAGAAAGAAAAAUCGAAAAAGAGAAAUCAUAAGAAAAAAAAUUAAACAAAUCAUAAAUUUAUUUUCCCUUGAUUAUUAAUAUACCUUCAAUUAAAAAUACAAUUAGUAAAUAAGAAAAAACUAAAUAUUAAUUAUUAUCAUUAGUUAAAUUUUUGCUUAAUUAUUACUACCAUCAAUCAUAAUUGAAAAUACAAAAGAAAAUUUGAACCUCAUUAGCAAUUUUGAUAUAUUUGUGAAUGGCCUAAUUGGUUUUUAAUAAUUACUAGGCAAUACUUAAUAUAAUCUAAAAAUACUAACCUAAAUAAAAAAUAGUAUGUCUAAACCAUACAUAUAUUCUUCACAUGAAACUAUUUAGAUCCAAAUACCAUAAAAUGAUGGCAUAGUAUUUUUUACUUUUUACACUUUUUUAUUUGUUCCGGUAACUUGUUUCUUUUUGAUAUUCUUUUCCCAACUGUUCGUGAACUACUUUGGCUUGGCUUCGAGUUUUCUAGCUUUGGAGACAUACAUUUUAUGUUCUUUACAAUGUUCUUAUUAAUUUCAAAUAAAGUGUUGUCUAGUUUUUUUUUUA